AUGUCGAACCUCAUUCACAAGGUCAAGGAUGCGAUGAGCGGUCAUAAAGGAUCCUCUCAAGGUUCAUCUCAGGCGGAGCAGCGCACGAGCGAUACCCAAGACCCGUACGGUUCCAGCAACAUCAGUCGUGGAGAUAACUAUGGUUCUUCCAAGGCUGGCCAGGGAGAUACUUACGGGACAUCUAAUACCAGACGAGGCGAUACGUACGGUUCUAACACUACUAGCGGCUGGGGAACUAGGGAUUCCAACACUGGUCGGAAGGCCAAGGAGGGAUCUAGUUCCAGCAGCUCCAGCUCAGAUAAUGACCGCAUUGGCAAAGAGAAGUCUGGCAUGCAACGAGAUACAAUGGGAACUGGUACUACCUACGGUUCAAAGCCCGCCGGUGCAGGUCUGAGCACUGGAGCCUAUGAUUCCAAGAUGGGCAAUAGGGACACGAGUGACUCUUAUGACUCCGGCAACUACGGCUCUUCCGGGAUGGACUCUCAAGCCUAUGAUUCCCAAAUGGGAGCCAGGAACACAUAUGGCUCAAACACCGCAGGCUCUGGGAUGGGCUCUCAAGCCUAUGAUUCCCAAAUGGGAGCCAGGAACACAUAUGGCUCAAACACCGCAGGCUCUGGAAUGGGCUCUGGAAUGGGCUCGGGAAUGGGCUCGGGAAUGGCCACUGGGGGCUAUGAUUCCAAGAUGGGCAACACGAUGGACACUGGCAACACCUAUGGCUCAACCACAGGCUCUGGCAACUAUGGAUCAACCACAGGCGCGGGCAAUUAUGACAUUGGUGGCUAUGACUCCAAGAAGGGUCAAACUGGCAUGGGAUCUUCUGACAUGAACACUGGUGUCUACGACUCGAACACUCGCGCUGGCGACUACAGCAUGGGAUCCAAUACCUACGGCUCGUCGGGCUCUGGAGAUUACUCUGGCACUCAGGGACCUCGUGAAUCUGACAUGACCAACAGAAUGGAUCCUCGCGUCGACAGCAACACCGGUCAGACGGGAAGCUACACAUCCGACUACGGCAACACUGGUACUAUGGGCCAGACAUCCAGCUAUGGCACAGGUGGCAGCGAUCCCUCCACAGCUUACAAAACACGCUCAGCUGCUAACACCGGGUCGACCAUGGAUACUACUAAUAUUGGUCAGAUGAACUCGCGUGGCGAGCCUACAACCCAGCGCGACUUUGGUGGCGCGGCUGCUGGUGGUAGCAGCUAUAACGCGCCGCAGGGAGGUAGAAGAAGAAGUUCUGGUCCUCACAGUAUCAAUCUUCUCAACAAGCUGGAUCCUCGCGUGAAGAGCUCAGAUUACGAAGCUACUGGUAACCAGCGUGGUGGAGAUUAG